AUGCGUCAGGGCAUGGCCGGGGUGAGGCUGCGCAGAGGUCUUGUGGGCACGUGGGUCUUCACACUGCAGACCAGAACUGCAGGUGCUGUUGUCUCUCCCCGAGACCAGCCAGCCCGGUGACUAGAGCAUUCGUUCAGUGGCAUGGCAACAUCUCCGUUGUAUCAGCUCAGAGAUGCCCUCCGGUAUCCCUUCCAGGGGCUCCCCCAGCCGGCGCUCUGGGUGCUCCUGCUGGCACUGCUGGGGGCUGCCCCAGGCCGGGCCAGGCGCGGCGCCUGCAGCGUCCCUGACGUGCUCCACCACUACCGCGCGGUCAUCUUCGAGGACCUGCAGGCCGCGGUGAGGUGGACCGGGCCAGGGGUCGAAGGGACCCGGCCGGGCUCCGGACAACUCCAUUUCCUUCAGAGAAACCUGACUGGAGCUGCAGCCUCGCGACGGCGGGGCCGGGUGGCAGCCUCCUGCGGGGCCCAGAAGGAGCACAGGAUCCUACUGUCCAUCGCGGCCCUGGGUCGGACCCUGCGUGGGGCGGUGGCCGGGGGCCGCCGCGGGGCUCUGGAGAAGGCGGCCUGGACCGUGGCCGUGCGCACCGAGGCGGUGAUGCGGCGCCACUGUCGGACGCUGCGCCAGCGGAGCCGGCGGCCCGAGACGCGCCCGGCCCGGCGUCGCGGCGGCCGGAGGCGGCUGCUGCUGCGCGCCCUGGACGCCGUCGCCACCUGCUGGGAGAAGCUCUUCUCGCUGCGCGCCGCGGCCGCCGACGGCGCCUGGGGGCCCUAG